AUGUCCGCCAGCGCCAUGCCCACCCCGGUCUCCAGGUUGCCCAAGUUCGGCUCGUGGUCCAAAAGUUCGAGCCCCACCCCCGCCGCGACCCCUUCACAUACUUUUCCCACCACCCGCAUUCCUAACGGCUUCUACCACCACCCCGGGCCAGCCGGGGGCAACGGCACCACCAUUGGACAGGCACCCUCAACAAGACGAAUCGGAUCAUUUCGCACACCUGGGAAAUAUUCCUCAAAAUUGAGGAAAGAUGACGAGGUGACAGAUGGGGACGAACAAGUUGAUCACAACGAUUCUUCCCACCGGGACACUCAUUUGAAAUCUGCUGCAGACACAUCACUUCCUGCUCAUAAAAAUGCACUUUCCGGACCUAAAACCGGACUUCCUGUUCCUAAAAACAGACUUCCCGUUUCCAAAUCGAAACUAACUGGGUCCAAACAAAACCUCAAUGGUCUUUCCGGAUCCAAACUGCGUCCGCCUCAGCAGUCCAUUCACUCUGUAGCUGCUUCGAGUUGUUGUACCGGUUCUGGAUUUGAUUCUUCACCACCGGCGGCACGCUCCCGCUCCACAGGCAACCUCGGUUCAGCGCAGCAUUCCCGCCUAACUAAAAGCAACGGGUUACGCUCAUGUGGCCUGGCGGUACGUGGUAGUGCGUCCCCCAACACUUAUGCCUCAUCUCCACUCCUUAAUACAAAAUUAAAUCUGAAACAGUCCAGUACUUCAGGUAUUCAAGCCAGAACAGUGAAGAAGUCUCUGCUACCGGCUCCUAAGACUAACGGUGUUAGUUAUAAGCUAUCGCGGCCAUCGGUCGCAAAACAGACCAGAACCAUCGGGGUGGAUGUUAGCCAAGCCAUACUUAAAACCACAGUGGAGACGCCGAUCUCCACAGGAAGCAGUCCAGAGCGCACGCCUGAUGCUCCCCAGUCGAAGAAGCCACCUUCCCAGGGAGAGCGUUCCAUCCCGGUUGAAAGCCUGGAGGACAUGUCCCUGUCAUCCGGCUCUUCCCUGGAUCACGACCGCACCAGUCAGGAGUACAUGGACGACUUUGACAACUUGGGAAACGGUGGCGUAGGCACCCUCCUCCUUGCCAAGAACGACGAAGACGACUCGGGCCUGGACCGAUCGUGCGCUGCGUUCUGUGACCGCGAGGUGGCAGGGAAUGGAGUUGCCGUUGAAACAGAACUCCAUUUUCUGGACGACACUUUAGACUGGACCCACGGGACUAUCACAGGUGAUGACGGACAGAACCAUCUGACUCAAUUCUCCCACCACAGCAGGUCCAGUCCAUCCGACUAUCAUGAGCAGGGCGGCUCAUCCUUGGAUUUGUCCCCCUCGGACAGCUACGGCUCCGGGGGCAUCUACAUGUGGGACGAGGAGGGUCUGGAGCCACUAGGGGGCGCCGGUUCACAACAAGCAGGGGAGUGCGGGCUCACUCCACAUGUUGGCAGCUUUGACUCUGAUGUCAACAGCAGUGACGCCCUAACCAAUGUGGACUCCUGUGAUUUAAAUGACGACGACCUCAUGCUGGAUGGAGACUUUCCCGAUGACAUUUCAACACACACUGCGAGUGUGACUCACCCACCAGAUGGAGAUGGGACGUCGCACAUGGCCGAGUGGAGGAGGAGGCAGCUCUGCUGGGGGACACAGGACGUCCACAGUGAUGACAGGGAGGCAGGAUACUGUGUGGGCAUGGACCGAGAACUCACGCUGGAUCUCUCGCCUCAUAGAUCAGUGUAUUCUAACCGACUUCGCCCCCUCAGGACUACCGAUGCGAAAGUGGAUGACCUGGCAGAAGACUUUGGUGCCCUCCGGUCUCAGCUCGAACUCCUUCGUAGGUGUCUGCUGCAGGACGACGACACGGACGAUGACACUUUGACAACUGACACUCUCAGCCCUGAAGACGGUGACCAAUCACAGGUGGAGGCUCUCCUACAGGAAGUUCAGCAGCUCAAAGAGGAUCUGAGGAACAAAGACCAGAUCAUCUCGCAGCUCACCGUCCAGCUGGCUGUUGCCCCAGCAACCAGCAGGUGUCGCUGCUCAACAGAUAGGACUGAAAAGACUGAGCGACACACACAGACAAGUGCGGUGGCAGCGGGCGAGAGCGUCGCCUCGCAGACGCCCUGGAGAGACCGCACGACUUUCCCUCCCUCCGCCUUCCUCUCUCCACCCUGGCAGUACCAACGCUCCAGACCUUAUGGGGGAAGGCCCAAACCCAGCAUCCCCUCCCAUCUCGCUAGAAAAACCACAGGUAUUUCGUCCCUCCCCCCCGGAAGACCAGAACCGACUAGCCGACCGCCCAGCAAACAGAAGCUCCGUCUCCCACCCAGCUCAGCACAUCCAGCACCCCCCUGA